AUGGGGCGUGAUAGUCCCUCCCUUGUAGCUAGCGGCUCCGACCUUUUCUACCGUACUCUCUUAGCUAAGGUGUGGGAGGGAGGACAUAACACCCCGGGGAUUUCAAGUUUAGAAGCCCCGCCCCGCCCCGCCCUGCCCCGGAACCUCGCCCCAAAAGCCAUCUCCACGCCCUCACCCCAUCCAGGACAUAACACCCCGGGGAUCUCAACCAUCUCCACGCCCUCACCCCAUCCAGGACAUAACACCCCGGGGAUCUCAAGUUUGGAAGCCCCGCCCCGCCCCGUCCUGCCCCGCCCCGGAACCUCCCCCCGACAGCCAUCUCCACGCCCUCACCCCAUCCAGGACAUAACACCCUGGGAUCUCAAGUUUGGAAGCCCUGCCCCUGCCCUGUCCUGCCCCGGAACCUCCCCCCGACAGCCAUCUCCACGCCCUCACCCCAUCCAGGACAUAACACCCCGGGGAUCUCAAGUUUAG